AGUGGCAGAAGGGCUAUAAAGGGACCCCAAGAUACUCAUACCCACACUUCAAUCUAGACAUGGCCAUACAGAGUUUGCUGCAGUACGUGGGCUCCAGCUCGCUGCUCUAUUUGGCAGCAGGGCUGGUCGCUCUCCUUUACUUUCUUACCAACUUGAAGAACUCGGCUUGCAGUUUGCCUCCUGGGCCACGACCCCUUCCUUUGAUCGGAAACUUGAAUGUGGUGGACCUGAAAAAGCCGUUCCAGUCGCUGACAGAGCUCUCCAAGAUAUACGGCAAUGUCUUCACUGUGUAUUUUGGACCCAGGAAAGCUGUGGUACUGGCUGGAUAUGAAACCAUUAAGGAUGCCCUUUUAAAUCAUGCUGAAGAAUUUGGAGAGAGGGCAGAAAUACCCAUAUUUAGGAAAAUGACACAAGGAAAUGGCAUAGCAUUCAGCCAUGGAGAGCUAUGGAAAACUAUGAGAAGAUUCACCUUGUCCACACUGCGAGAUUUCGGAAUGGGAAGGAGAACCAUUGAGAUCCGAAUCCUGGAGGAAGUAAACUCCCUUAUCAAAUAUUUUGAAUCCUACCAUGGGAAACCAUUUGAUACGAAGAUGAUUCUGAACAAUGCUGUAUCCAAUGUCAUCUGCUCUAUAUUGUUCGGAGAGAGAUUUGAAUAUGAUGAUCCUGUAUUUCUAACUUUGCUGAAGAUGAUAAAUGAAAAUACUAAGCUGUUGGGAUCCCCUAUGGUGCUGUUAUAUAAUUUCUACCCAUCCCUUGGAUUUCUCUCUGGAGCUUCCAAGACUGUGCUACAAAAUGUCAGUGAACUGAAUGCUUUUCUCCAGAAGCUCUUCCAGGAACACAAAGAAGAGUUUAAUGAAAAUAACUUAACAGGCUUUGUUGAUGCCUUUCUGAUGAAGCAACAACAGGAGUCAAAGAAAACCCACACUAUGUUCAACAACGGAAACCUGUUGUUUUCAACCCUGGACCUCUUCGCUGCUGGGACUGAGACUACUUCUACAACUGUGCGCUGGGGUCUUCUUCUGAUGAUGAAAUACCCAGAGAUUCAGAGAAAGAUUCAGGAAGAAAUGAACCAUGUCAUUGAACCAGGAGAGCUGCCUAAGUUGGAGGACCGGAAAAAAAUGCCUUAUACAGAUGCAGUAAUACAUGAAAUACAAAGGUUUGCCAAUAUUGUCCCAAUGGGUGUAUCACGAUCAACUCCUACUGAUGUGAAUUUCCAAGGCUAUGUGAUUCCUAAGGGUACAGAGAUUAUUCCACUGCUGACCUCCGCUCUGAAUGAUGAGUUACACUGGAAAACCCCAGAUCAGUUUAACCCUUCCCACUUCCUGGAUGCCAGUGGGAACUUCAUUAGGAGAGAGGCAUUUAUUCCAUUCUCCAUAGGACGAAGGGCUUGCGUUGGAGAAGGACUGGCCAAAAUGGAGCUGUUCCUCUUCUUUGCAGGCUUGCUCCGCAAGUUUGUUUUCCAACCCCCUCCAGGAGUGGAUAAGUCAGAGCUAGAUCUCACUGCUGAUGUCGGCUUUACCUUGAACCCCAUGCCUCACCUGGUUUGUGCUGUGCCCUAUGAAUGAUCAAACGACAUGGAGUUAGAGUAGUGAACACUUCAAGCUUGAAAGCAAGUCUAGUUACAGGGGGAAAAAGCUGUCUGUAACUGAGCUUUAGGGGAAGGAAGACACUGGGCACUGCUAUUUUACUCUCAUUUAUGCCAUUCUUUCCAGCAGCUUUUGUGGUGUCUGUAUAAUGCAAACCCUUCAGACACCCCUGAGUACUGCUCUCAGAAACUGUGAUUCAUUCCUGGAACAGCACAUCAGAGAUGCAGUUUUCAGGGCUGUUUGAAAGAAUUAAAUGGCUUCAAGCCUCCUUUAUAGAUGUAACCCAUCAGAGGCUUUCCUCUGAGAGCCUCCAUGGAGAAUUUCUCAGCCCAAAUUCCAAGCUCUGUAGCAGAGCUGAUUAUCAAUGGUCCACCUGGAAACAACAGACAAUGGAUCUAGAAAUCUCCCCAGGACAGUUGCUCAGCUGAGCCCCAGACUGAGCUUCCAUUGUGUGAUACAACCUGCCUUAUCUUUAUUACAGAGUCCCAGACACGAGGGUGUAACAUGGGCUGAUGCCAAGAUCCAGGCACGGGACAGUUAUCAGAAAACAUCUAAGUGGUUUUGGAAGUGGGUUCAUUCCAACUCACACAGGGCACUUUAUGCCAAAGAGCCUGUUUAUGAUGGGGCCAAUCUAGAAGCUUUCUGCUUCUGCUAAGAAAGGCAUUUCUACCACUCCCUCACCUCUCCUGGCUUCAUGCUGGCUCUGGCAUUUGUUUGAUUCCUUACUGGGCCAUCUUAGAUCUCUAAACUGGCAGAAAAUGACCAGCCACAGAAAUUUUCUGACUCAGCAUGGCUAAAGCUGAACACAAGCCCAAGGCAGUGUGAGGGCGAUGCAGCCUGGGGCUGGGCAGCAGAACUGCCAUGCUCCCAUCAGAGAGCUGAGAGAGGCUCAGCCCUCUUCUCUGCUUGCACCUUAGGAGCCGUAGUUGCUCUCUAGAUCCUCUCUAGCCUCCAUAGAGAGAGAAAAUCCUUCAGUGUAUGAUCCAAUUGCCAUAAGAUCUGAAUUACUCACUCUCUGUUGUCUGCAGGCUAAACUAUCAUUGACAAGCUCCUAAUUCAAACUUCAGUCUCAUGUAUCAGGUGUGUUGGGAUGAAUAGGGACAAUAUUUUCCAUUUGACUGAAAAUGGGGCUUCAACUCUUUAGAAAAUGUUGCUGUCUUCAGCUCUGCACCAGAUACAUAGCCGUUGGCAUUUCAAGCUGUCUUCCUCUCCAGACAUUCCUUGUGUGAGGGAUAGGCAGCAAGGUCUCCAGGCAGAGUGACAGACCAGCCAGCACUGCUGAGCGAAUACCCCUGCCACGGCCUCUCGUGGAAGUUAUAUGUGCUCAGUACACAGCAGGAGCAGGGCCACCACAAUAAGAACUGCAAGCGAAAUUUUGGUGCUCGCAAAAAGUGCCUUGGCCACUUGUGUAGGAACUGAAGUUACAAAUCUAGAGAUGAUAAUGCUCACGUUCUGCCAGCAGUGAUCUCGCAUCAUUGUCAAGGCUAAUAAGAUUUUGAAUGUAGUCACUGUGAAAAUAGAUGUAAAACUGGUAAUAGUGUCAGGAAGGAGAAGCAGGUUAGACUUUGUUACCAAGUUGCUCCUCUGUACCAUUAACUUGUCAAACGGGGGUCUCUGUAGAAAGCUGGUGACACCCAAGAGACUGCAGCUGUCCUAGAGCAGCUGUUUGAUUACUACAAUUAAUGAUUUAUUUCAUGUAGCAGCCAUUAGGAGUAGGAACAACUAGCUGUACCCACAAGGCUACACCCAUUGAGGGAAGCGUGAUACGUGUGUGAAAUCUGAAUGGCGGUGCAGGUACAAGAGAGGAGGCUGCUUCAUGUGCUGUGGAACAGGCAGAAAACCACAUGUGGGUUAGGGAGCAGUGAGUCACUGAGGAUGCUUUUGUGUUGGUUUGGAGGCAGGAAAGUCAGGUUAGGAUGAAAAGAAAAAAGGGAGAAACAGAAAGUUACAGAGACUGAGGGGGCAGUUAUGGCAAAUCUAUGACAUAAAACUAAAGCUGCUGUCAUCUAAAGCUAGUCUGUGCUGCGAGUGGAAGGAAAGGAAGGAGGAAGAGAAUAUGAAGGAAUGACAAAGUAGGGUGGUCUUUGGCCAAGACACUGACUCUUCACACUAGCUUUAGGUCACACAACUAAAGGCAGCACUCUAACAGUUGUACUGUAUCUUGUACUUGUCCUGGUAUUGCACUUGUACAUCUAUUGUUUCAUGCGGCCAGCUCUAGCUUCUGGUUACAUCUCAAGGAGUCUGCUUGACAAGCUAUGUAACAGAAAAGCCUUCUCUGCUACACUUGCUUACGUUUUGUUUUGCUGUUGCUCUAUUUGAAGUCUAACUACUGCAAGC